AUGGCGAACCUGGAGCCUCAAAAGUCAUCUCGAUGGCCGUCUCCAGCAAUACAUGUCAAUGUUGAAUUUGGAUUAUCCUUCUCCCAAAACGAUCCGCCGCACAUAAGAUCCAUGAAAUACACAUCGAAUACUAUGAACGAGAGAAGACAACGCCAUAGACGAGAAGAGUUUAUGGGAAACGGACAAGAGAGUUUACUGUCGGGUGGGGAUCGAGGACAACAGGAGAUUGACCAACAGCAACUCCGACAAAAUCAACAACACUUUCACCGCCAUCAACAAAUACAACAUGAUCGUCAACAUUCUAGAACCUUGACUGUUUCUUCGAGGGGAUCACGCGAGCGAGGAAGCUCUGCUCCCCCUUUUCUGCCACCACUAAGCCCAGUCUCUUCCAUGUCUACUGGAACCUAUAGAAAUAGCACAACUUGGAAUGAGUUGUCCUUUCGAAAUAGUAAUCGGGUAGAGUCGAGAGACCGACCGCUUCCGCCAGAGCCAUCUCGCUUUAGACUGGGCGAAGACGAAUUACCUUGGUCAACCCCAGCCUGGUAUCGUUCUCCAGACGUGGAAAGUUUCAACUCGCCAAUCGGUAGCGUAGACAUAGGACUGCCAUUAUCACCAAGACGAGCAGAAGAUCCUCGACGUAUUCGAGAGUUGGAGGAUUUGCACCAAGCCAUGAUGACAGUCGAUAGUUUGGGGAACGAUGAAUGGGAUGCCUGGACGUGGGGAGAAGGCGUGGGAGAUAUUCCAAGAGGUCCAAGAAGUUUGGGAUGGGCAGUGAGCAGGACGGAAGAGGUACCAGAUUUAGUUGCCGCUGAGCGACAAGCUGCUAGUCCACCAGUGCCCCCGCCACCUCCUCCCCAUGUGGUUUCUCAGUGGGAGAGAAGCACGUAUGGGAGAUGCGAUACAAGACCAAGGAGCGCUUAUGCCUGA